AUGAAGAAAUCUGUACUUUCUAACAGUAGAGAAUUGGAGAAUCAAUCAUUACUAUCUAAAUCAACUGUUGAUGAUCAUAUUAUUAAUGAUGAUGAUAUAGAUGAUGAUGAUGAUCUUCACCAAAACAACAACAACAACAAUAGUAAUAAUAUAAAAAGUAAAAGUAGUAAUAAUAAUAAUAGUGAUAGAAAAAGAGAAAUGAAUGGUAAUAAUAAUCAACAAAGUCAAGGUCAUGGUCAUUCACAUGUAAAUGGUAUUUGUAAUGGUCAUUCACAUUCACCCACUACCGAAAAAAAUCAAACUCAUCGUAGUCGUCAAAAUGAAAAUUAUAGAGACGAUGAUGAAGAUGAUUUUGAUGACGACGACGAUUUCGGUGAUUUCGAUAAAAAAAUGGUUGGUGGUAAUACAAAUGGAAAUGGCAAUGGUAAUGCUGUUGCUGAUGGCCAAACAACUAAAUCAUUUUUAGUGAGUGAAUUGAUACAUUUUGCAGCGUUGGGUGAUCUUGACCAGGUGGUCAGUGUGUUCGACAGGAUUCGUACAAAGUAUCCAUCGAUCUCCAGUCGUACCUUUAUCAACGAGGUCGACGACGACGGAAACACCGCACUGCACUGGGCAUGCUACCGCAAGCAUUUCAAUGUGGUAAAGUACCUCAUUUCAAAGGGUGCCGAUGCAGACAUACCGAACAUCGACCAGAAUCAGACACCAUUGCACUGGGCGUGUCUGUCGGGCGAUCCACACCUAGUCUACUACCUGGUGGGUCACGGUGCCGACUUUGACAAGCGUGACAAACGUGGAUUGAACUCACUACUCCUAUCGUCGUCGAACCAUCCCGACGUACAUAUCGUGCGAUAUCUUAUACACAAAGGAAUGUCUGUUUCCAGUAAAGACGAUGAAAAUCAUACUGCACUUCAUUGGGCUGCUUUUUCAGUGAGUAUUAGUAGAGCGGAAUUGGAUUGUGUUGAUAAUCUGGGUAGAACACCAUUCCAUUGGGCAGCAUAUAAAGGAUAUAUAGAGGCAACCAAGGUGUUGUUUGAAGAGGGAUCGAGCAUGACUAUCAGGGACAAUGAUAACAGGACACCCUACGAGCUGGCACUCACCAGAUCUACAGAACCAGUAUUGAAAUUCUUAAAACACCAAAUAGCAACUCAAAGCAAACAUUCAGCUAAAAGAUCGAAAUAUUCAAGUAGUAAUAAGUUUUGGUUUAUGAUGGCGCUAAUUGGAAAUCUGAUAUUCUUUACUACACUGUUUACUUUUAAAAUAUAUAUUUCAUUGCCUAUCCUUAUUGUAGUGGCCAACUUUGCUAGAAUGAUAUUCCAACAUUUCUGGGAAGAUGACUUACCAAAUGUAUUACCGGUCACUUGGUGGAUCAUUGGUUGUGUUAUAUGUUAUUGGACCUAUUUCUUUUUGAUUCUUUGGAAUACACCAUACUACACUAUAUCACAUAUUUUUAUCAAUCUAUUUAGUGCAGUGUUUUUCUAUUGUCUAUGUAAACUACCAUUCACAGAUCCAGGUGUUAUUAAAUCAUCGCCAAAGAACGAUGAAAGAGCAUUCUUGGAUUGUCUAGAGCUAAAUGAAAAGAUUCCUGAAAUCUGUGUAACUUGUUUUACAAAUAGACCUAUUAGAUCUAAACAUUGUAAAGUUUGUAAAACAUGUGUUGCAAGAUUCGAUCAUCAUUGUAUUUGGAUUAAUAACUGUGUAGGUGCCAAGAAUCACAGAUUGUUUAUUCUACUGCUAUUGAGCUACAAUAUCAUUGCUGUACCAAUAUAUUAUGUAACAUUCAAAAUGUUUGCUACCGAUCCAAAUGCACCAGCAUUCACCUCUGGAAAUUAUAUCAAUUCAAUGUUGUACUAUUACGAUACCAAUAGAAUGAUAUCUAUUUUCAUUAUCUAUGGUCUGUGUGCAGCCGCUUGGAUUUGGAAGCUACUCUCUGCACAACUUCUGGGAAUUUCACUCAACUACACCAUCAACGAGGUUGUAAACAUGACCAAAUAUACAUACCUUCGUAAGGAUGGCAAGUGGAACGUAUUCAACAGAGGUGUAUUCAAUAAUAUCUAUGAAUUCCUCUACGAAUAUAAGAAGUGGUAUAUAACCUAUACAAACUAA